UUUAUUAGGACUUAUAAUAGUAUCUGCUCCGUCUGAUCAUCAGUUGGAGUUAGUUAAUAUUAUGGCAAGAAUGUUAGAACCUCUUGUGGUUGGAGGAGUGAUAGGAGAUGUUCUUGAGUCUUUCACUCCAUCCAUAAAAAUGUCUGCCUCUUAUAAUAAGAAGCAAGUCUGUAAUGGACAUGAGCUCUUUCCUUCAGUUGUCAUCUCCAAACCUAGGGUUGAGAUUCAAGGAGCUGAUAUGAGAUCUUUCUUCACACUGGUCAUGACAGACCCAGAUGUCCCUGGCCCAAGUGAUCCUUACUUAAGGGAGCACCUGCACUGGAUUGUGACAGACAUACCAGGCACAACAGAUGCUACAUUUGGAAGGGAAGUGGUGAGCUAUGAGAGCCCAAAGCCAAAUAUAGGGAUUCACAGGUUUGUGUUUGUUCUGUUCAAACAGAAAGGCCGAGACUCGGUGAGUGCACCAGCUUCAAGGGAUCACUUCAACACCAAAAGCUUCGCUGCUCAAAACGACCUCGGUCUUCCUGUCGCUGCCGUUUAUUUCAACGCUCAGAGAGAAACGGCAGCUAGAAGACGCUAGCUACCUACCUACCUUCAAACAUCUCUAUCACUCGAUAUCAUAUUCUCACUUUCAUUAUCAAUAAUAAAACACCACACCAUCAUCACCCUCCAAUCAUUAUAUUAUAAUUAGCUUCCUCAAUUUAUAUAUAUAGGAAUAAAUUGAAAGUGGGGUUUCAUCUAGCAGUACUAGUAAGCCUUUGUAUUGGAUAUGUUUCUAUAUAUGAAGUGUUUUAAUAAUAUAUAAUCCAAAAAACUUAUGUUGUUACAUAAAUUAAUGUAAUAUUAUUAUAUAUCAUGUACUGUGUGUGAUCUCUUUGAAUUGUAACCUUCGGUUAUUAAUUUCCAUAUAAUUGAAAAGCUA